UCACAUUUCAUGUUGCUGACACCUCAGCACUUUUCCCUGGAGCUUAAUCAUAAUGUUCUCAAGAAUUCCAACCUUUCAUACAUGACACUGUUACAUCACAGACAUCAUCUGCUGUAAAAUUCCACUGGCCCCUCAUGUACCCACUAUGUCCCAUCAUUGUCUCGGGAUGCUCUAAAUACGGAAAUAAAAUAUUAAAACCGGCAAAAUUGAAAGGUUACAAUAGGAUGCCACUGCUUUGAUUUGGGGCUGCAUUCAGUGUGCUUCUGUGGAGUUUUCUGUUCUCGUGAUGAACUCUUGAGCGUAGAGGAAAUGCCACUGAAAAAGAAGCUAUCACUUGUUGAGCAAAAUAAGCAGAAACCUGCUGCUGAGUUGGAGACAGGCGAUCAUCAGGAUAGAAUUGGGUGUGCAGAUGCUUCAAGAACCAUUGCUUGCCCUACGCCAUGCAAUCCAGGUUUCUCUGGAGCUCCAACAGUAGAAACAGGUGAUUCGAUAGAAAUCUCAUGGAAGACAUUUCUGUCUGUGUUAAGGUCAAUGGAGGAAUGUUCAGACAGCAAGAUGAAUGCCUUGGUUCCACAGCUAAUAACAUCUCAAUCAGUUUUGACAAGAAAGAAGAUCGCCACCAAGACUGAAAAAAUAAGAAAAGGCAGAUCAAGUGUUUUCCCUGUUAUACGGAAAUCUGGGGAAAAGUCAAAUGUAGUACUCCAAAAGGAAAGGGAGCGGAGUGCUGUUCACAGCUCAAAGCAAGAUGGAGAGAAAAUUAGAAUCGGAUCAGGUCACCCUGAUUCCUGUGGAAAGAUUCCUAAAGGAGACGCAUGUCGUACAGCAAGCAAAACCAAGCUCGAACAAUCAUUGACUGAGACAGGUUACAUCCCGUUGCCUUUGUCUCUACCUGACCCCAAAGCUACAGUGCAAAGACAGAGGGAAGUACCGCCGUUAAUUUCUCAGGAAAAUACUUCUCUGACACACAAGCUCAAGAAAGGACUGACAAAUCAUAAGGACCGACAUCAGCAGUGCUGCUUCUUGGACUUCCUUGUUCCUUUCCGCUGCUCCAAAUCCAAGAAUAAGACAAGCAGCAUUGCCAGAGGGAGGAGUGAACAUUUUAAUGGAGACAGGUCUAAAACAUGGAGCUCUGUCAUUAUGGGGGGUGAAAGACGUGCCCCAAACGGUGGUGAUCUCAAUUUCUUCAACAUCUGUUGUUUACCAGUGAGAAGGAACCGAAGAAUUCAGCCGAAGUCAUCACAAGCAGAGGCACUUUCUCAGUCUCAGCUGCCAUCUCAGGAGAGCAGCCACCUGGGAUCGAACAAAGUUUUCCGUCAGAAAUUAAAUAGCAGCGUUAGCGUGCUCCCUCACUUGGAAUGCCACUCUAGGACCAAUGUGGUUUCAAAUGCUGUAAAAGCUCAAUUACAAGAUGCUACCCUUCCACAAAUAGCCACCAAGAACUUGCAGAAUGUAAAUUCAUCACAUCAGCAGGAAAACAGAACUCAUAGUCAGCAGUUUCCUCCAACUGUGCCUGAAAACAGUACCAGAGUGCUGUCCAGCAAGACAGAGCUAGAAAAAGCCCACAAUUUAAAGCUGCCUCUGACUGCAGCAGAAGCUUUGAAACAUUUUAAAAACCAGUUAACGCCACAUGAACAACGAGAAAUUAAGGAUUAUAAAGAGCUGUGGUUUCUUGGACUUGGAGCUAAAAAGAUUGAUGGACAUAUUGAUGGAGAUAAUAAUACAUUUGAUGAUGAUCAUGGCUGCUACAAAAAGGUUGUAAGUGACCAUCUUUCAUACAGAUAUGAAAUGCUAUCUGUUAUUGGGAAAGGAUCAUUUGGGCAUGUUCUCAAGUGUUUGGACCACAAGACAGGUGAAAAAGUAGCAGUGAAAAUAAUAAGGAACAAAAAGAGAUUUCAUAAUCAGGCCUUGGUAGAAGUCAGCAUCCUCAAUGCUCUCCGGCAAAAGGAUCAAGACAACAUGUUCAAUGUUGUCCACAUGAAGGAGUACUUUUACUUCCGUAAUCAUUUCUGCAUUUCCUUUGAAUUGUUAGGUAUAAAUUUGUAUGAGUUAAUCAAGAAAAAUAAUUUUCAAGGUUUUACUUCAAAUUUGAUUCGUCGAUUCACCCAGUGUAUAUUAAGAUGUUUACAGUUGCUCUACGCAGAGAAAAUUAUCCACUGUGAUCUAAAGCCUGAGAACAUAUUAAUAAACCAACCCCAACCGGGGCAACUUUCUUUUAAAGUUAUAGACUUUGGAUCAAGCUGCUACGAACACCAAAGAGUGUACACAUAUGUCCAGAGUCGAUUUUAUCGGUCCCCAGAAGUAAUUCUUGGUCACCCCUACACAACCCCUAUUGACAUGUGGAGUCUAGGAUGCAUCAUGGCUGAACUCUACACAGGGUACCCGCUUUUUCCUGGAGAGAAUGAAGUGGAACAGCUUGCGUGUAUCAUGGAGGUAUUGGGUCUUCCACCAGCUGAUUUCCUUCAGACUGCAUCGAGAAGGCGAACGUUCUUUGAUUCUAGCGGUUCGCCAAAGAGUGUAACAAAUAGUAGGGGGAGAAUAAGGAACCCUAACUCCAGGGAUCUGACCUCCGUAUUGAGAGUCUAUGAUGGUUCUUUCCUGGAUUUUCUGAAAAGAUGUCUUGUAUGGAAACCUGCCAUGCGCAUGACUCCAGAUGAAGCAAUGCACCACACCUGGUUGCAGGAUACUCUGCAUGUGCAUAAGCCAAAACAAAAACCCAAGACUGCUCCAAAGCUGAGUGAUGGAUCCUUCAUCCCCCCAGAGAAGAAAAAGGAGAAUGUUCAUAAAAAUGCACAGUUAGAAAAAGAGGAUGUCAACUGGCAUCACCCUACUGCAGAAGUAAAAUGUGAACCUGCUGAAAAAUUGCCUGUUGCAAAUCAAAAGCUCUCUCCCAUUGUGUCAGAAGAAGUGAAUGAGGAUGAAAAUCCAGACCCCAGCAAGCAGGGUACUCCAGAAAAAGAACAGGAAACCCCAAUUGACAAACCGGUUAAAAGAGAACAGAGGGACCAUAGGACUGAGAAGGUUAUGCACAAAAAUACAAACAUCUUGCCACCCAUUAAGCACAAGCAGUGACUGGUCCUCUUUCCAUACCUUUGUGGUGUGUUUUCUAGAUAAGGCAAGUUGAAAAGCUGGGACUACACUGAAGAAGAUGCUGCUAUGACCACUAUUAAAAUGUUACCUCCGUCUUCAUCCUUUAGAAGGACAGGUACUGGUACAGAUGUCUUUAAAUAUCCCGAAAGGAGGAAGUAACAUUUGUUCCUUGGGAUU